GCCAAUGAUUGCAAAACGAUUUCUUUUUAGCCCGAACGGAAGAAUCUGUGUCGCUUCGGUUUGUAAUUAGUGGCUGGAACAAAUGAGAGUUGCUGUUUAUAAAGUAUUUCUGUACAAAUAGAGAGAAAAGUACGUCUCGUCAUUUCGACUACAGCUCUGUCUUACUCUGCCGUGUUUGACAAAGGACAGGCUAGCGCGUGCUAACUCCAUAUGCGGUGGGUAUCGUGUUUAAUGGAAAUGGGCUACCUAAACAUGUGAGCCUCUGAAGAAAUUAGUGCAGCUGUGAUGGACGGAGAUGGCACCACAACCGACACUUCCCAGCUGGGAAUCACGGGAGAAUACAUGGCGUCCAGUCACUAUGUUCUUCAGCCUCAAGAUGAUGAUGCAGAUGAAAGUCUAAACGACCACGACGACAGCGGAAUCAAAGAGAAUUACAGAGAGCAGGAUAUCUAUCUUCCCAUUGCCAAUGUGGCACGUAUCAUGAAGAAUGCUGUUCCCCAGACUGGAAAGAUUGCCAAAGACGCCAAGGAGUGCGUGCAGGAGUGCGUGAGUGAAUUCAUCAGCUUCAUCACAUCAGAAGCAAGUGAACGAUGCCACCAGGAAAAAAGAAAGACCAUAAAUGGGGAGGACAUAUUGUUUGCCAUGUCUACACUGGGCUUUGACAUGUACGUGGAGCCCCUGAAGAUUUACCUGCAGAAGUUUAGAGAGGUGAUGAAAGGAGAGAAGGGAAUGCCUGGCGUGGUUGGAGAAGGUCUGGGCGAGGAACUCACAGAAGAUUCGUUCUCGAAUCCGCUGCCGGCUGGGAUCAUCACAGCUGAUGGACAACAGCAGAAUGUCAUGGUGUACACCACCUCAUAUCAACAGAUCCCUACAGUACAGCAGAUCCAGUUUUCAUGACACGGACUUGCUGCUAGUCGCCACGCACUCAACUGACCAAGCCACCAACUGAAGGUUUCCAGAGAGACUCUGUUGGGUCUAAUGGAAUCCCCCACCUUUUAAUUAUGUAGAAAGUGUUGUUUCUAGUUGUGAGGUAAACAUUGUUUGGAAAGGUCGUUCAAGGCCACUGGUAAUUUUGAGGCUGUGUUUUAAAGGUGUGACUUUUCAGUUCCACAGUUGAAUCUGUUUAUACAGUAAAUAUAUGGAUGCGUUUCCUUAAACUUGUGAAGUUCUGGACAGGGUUGUAGUGUUGUAAAGAAGGAUUAUUUCCUGUUGUCUUCUCUAUGUCAACUGAGAGAGUUACUGACCCUGUGUUUUUGAGUAGUGUAAAUCUUUUGAAUAAAAGAGUCACAAUGAAA